AGUGACCAGGAGUUUGCAGCAGAUCCGGGCUGCCGUCGCCGCCCAGAUGGCCUCCAGGCUGACCCCGCUGACCCUGCUGCUGCUGCUGCUGCUGGCUGGGGAUGGAGCCUCCUCAAAUCUGACUGGUAUCAGCCCCAUGGAUCCAGAGAGCUUACCAGGAGGGGAAGGUGAAGGAGAGAUCCCCAAAGGAGACAUUCUCAGCAAUCUGGCUGGUAUCAGCCGCGUGGAUCCAGAGAGCUUGCCAGGAGGGGAAGGUGAAGGAGAGAUCCCCAAAGAAGACAUUCUCAACAAUCUAGCUGGCAUCAGCCCUGUGGGUCCUGAGAGCUUACCAGGAGGGGAAGGUGAAGACGAUAUCCCCAAAGGAGAUGUUCUCAACAGUCUGGCUGGUAUCAGCCCCGUGGCUCCAGAGAGCUUGCCAGGAGGGGAAGGUGAAGGAGAUAUCCCCAAAGGAGACGUUCCCAAAAAAGUAUGCGUUCAAGAAAACAACACCGGGAGCUCCACCACCUUGUGGGAAACCAACGUGACCAUCAUCGCAGACAGUACCACCGAGCCCUUGAAACAGUCCACCACUCAACCCCCGCCACCAACUACGCCGCUCACUACUGAGCCCUUCUGCCCAGCGCCUGUCACUUCCUGCUCUGACUUGGAGAGCCGUUCAGCAGAGACCUUGCUGGGGGAGGCUUUGACAGAUUUCUCCCUGAAGGUCUACCAGACUUUGUCCAUAAUGAAGAAUAAGGAGACCAACAUUGUCUUUUCUCCAUUCAGCCUUGCCAGCCUCCUCACUCAAGUCCUGCUUGGGGCUGGGGGAGAAACCAAGAAAAGCCUGGCGCUCCUUCUCUCUUACCCUGAAAACUUCACCUGUGUCCACCAGGCCCUGAAGGCCUUCACGUCCAAAGGCUUUACCUCAGUCUCUCAAAUCUUCCACAGCCCAGACCUGGUUAUAAGGGACACCUUUAUGGAUGCAUCUCAGCACCUGUAUGACAAUACCCCCAGCGCCCUGGGAGCUGACAGUAAAGCCAACUUGGAGCUCAUCAAUUCCUGGGUGGCCAAGAAGACCAACCACAAGAUUAAGCAUCUGCUAGACAGCCUGCCCGAUGACACCCGCCUUAUCCUUCUCAACGCUAUCUACCUGAGUGCCAAAUGGAAGAUACCAUUUAAUCACAACAGAACAGGUAUGGAGGCCUUUUACAGAAAAUCCUCUGUGAUAAAAGUACCCAUGAUGAACAGCAAGAAGUACCCUGUGGCCCAUUUCACAGACCCGACUUUGAAGGCCAAGGUGGGCCGUCUGCAGCUGUCCCACAACCUGAGCUUUGUGAUCCUGGUGCCCCAGACCGUGAAACACCGUCUCGAAGACCUGGAGCAGGCUCUCAGCCUCCCUGUCUUCAAGGCUGUCAUGAGGAAGCUGGAGUCCAUCAAGUUCCAUCCCACUCACCUGACAAUGCCUCGCAUCAAAGUGGAGAGCAACCAGGACAUGCUGGAAUUCUUUGACUUUAUCUACGAUGUCAACCUGUGUGGGCUGACAGAAGACCCAGAUCUGCAGCUCUCUGCGAUGCAGCACCAGUCAGUGCUGGAGCUAACAGAGACCGGGGUGGAGGCGGCUGCAGCCUCCGCCGUCUCUGUGGCCCGCAGUUUGCUGAUCUUUGACGUGCAGCAGCCCUUCCUCUUUGUGCUCUGGGACCAGCAGCACAAAUUCCCAGUCUUCAUGGGGCGGGUAUAUGACCCCAGGACCUGAGACCUGCAGGGGGCCAACAGCGGCAAGCCAGACCCCUCCAGCCUCAGCUCUCCUAGUUGCAGCCCUGCUGCUGCCUGCGUGGACUUGCCCCCAGCUGCCUCCCACCUCAGGUCUGCCCUCCACCUGAAGGGCUCCCGUGGGGUCUGGUGAGGGGACCUGCUUCUAUCAUCCCUUCCCUGUAAUUCUCCAAAGCACUUUAUGCAGCUUUCUCUGGUACAAAUACAGCAGACUCUACAAAUAAAACCUGGCAGACCAUGAC